UCAUCCCCUUUACUUCUCACACUUUAUCUGCACUCCCUUACCUUUGUACUGCUCUUGGCUGGGUCCUGUCUGUGAAGUCCUUCGUAGUUCUCCCACCGUUUAGAAUUCUCAUCCUUUGCUUCCAGAAGCCGAGGAGAGACAUUAGCUGAGAUUAAGCGACAGCUGGUUUCUCUGUGUAGCCUUGGCUGUCCUGGACUUUCUAGACCAGGCUGGUCUCGAACUCACAGAGAUCCCCCUGCCUCUGCCUUCCUGAGUGCUGGGACCACAGUGUGCGCUACCACGACCGGCCUCAAACAAUCAUCCUUGUCACUGCUUAGAUGAACUGGAGACGUCAUUGAUAUGCAAACCAGUUUUGCCAAGGUAAUUCUGUCACUUGUCCACAUCGGUGAGGAUCUGGAUUUGCUCCUCAGGGGAACAUACACAGAAAUGAGAACAGUUCUGCCACCUGGAGACUGAAAAAAGGCUGAACUUUUAGGGCAGAUGUGGAACACCAGGUGAUGGAAAGCGCCCCUUCUGGGGGUGGACUGAACAGAACACACCUACAAUGCAGAAAUCUACAGGAGUUUUUAGGGGGCCUGAGCCCUGGGGUGCUGGACCGGUUGUACGGGCACCCUGCCACUUGUCUGGCUGUCUUCAGGGAGCUCCCUGCUCUGGCUAAGAACUGGGUGAUGAGAAUGCUAUUCCUGGAGCAGCCUCUGCCUCAGGCUGCGGUGGCCCUGUGGGUGAAGAAGGAGUUCAGCAAGGCCCAGGAGGAAAGCACAGGGCUCCUGAGUGGCCUCCGUAUCUGGCAUACCCAGCUGCUCCCUGGUGGACUCCAGGGCCUCAUCCUCAACCCUGUCUUCCGCCAGAACCUCCGAAUUGCUCUUCUGGGUGGGGGCAAGGCCUGGUCUGAUGACACAAGUCAGCUGGGACCAGACAAGCACGCCCGGGAUGUCCCCUCACUUGACAAGUACGCUGAGGAGCGCUGGGAGGUGGUCUUGCACUUCAUGGUGGGCUCCCCCAGUGCAGCUGUCAGCCAGGACCUGGCUCAGCUGCUCAGCCAGGCUGGGCUUAUGAAGAGCACGGAGCCUGGAGAGCCGCCCUGCAUCACUUCCGCUGGCUUCCAGUUCCUGCUCCUGGACACGUCCGCCCAGCUCUGGUACUUCAUGCUGCAGUAUCUGCAGACGGCCCAGAGCCGAGGCAUGGACCUGGUGGAGAUUCUCUCCUUCCUCUUCCAGCUCAGCUUCUCUACCCUUGGCAAGGACUACUCUGUAGAGGGCAUGAGUGACUCUUUGUUGAACUUCCUGCAACACCUGCGUGAGUUCGGGCUUGUUUUCCAGAGGAAGAGGAAGUCCCGGCGUUACUACCCCACACGCCUGGCCAUCAACCUCUCAUCCGGCGUCUCCGGGGCCGGGGGCACUGUGCACCAGCCAGGCUUCAUCGUCGUAGAAACCAACUACCGACUGUACGCCUAUACGGAGUCGGAGCUGCAGAUUGCGCUCAUCGCCCUUUUCUCUGAGAUGCUCUACCGAUUCCCCAACAUGGUGGUGGCCCAAGUGACCCGGGAGAGCGUGCAGCAGGCCAUCGCCAGCGGCAUCACAGCGCAGCAGAUAAUCCAUUUCCUAAGGACCAGGGCCCAUCCAGACAUGCUCAAACAGACUCCUGUGCUGCCCCCCACCAUAACAGACCAGAUUCGGCUGUGGGAGCUGGAGCGGGACAGACUUCGCUUCACUGAAGGCGUCCUGUAUAACCAGUUCCUGUCGCAAGUGGACUUUGAGCUGCUGCUGGCCCACGCGCGGGAGCUGGGCGUGCUGGUGUUGGAGAACUCGGCCAAGCGGCUGAUGGUGGUGACGCCGGCGGGGCACAGCGACGUGAAGCGCUUCUGGAAGCGGCAGAAGCACAGCUCCUGAGCCGGCCGCGGGCGGGCGGGCGGGCGGGCGGGCGGGCGGGCGGCUUUCCGACCCAGGUGUAUUUGCUUUACAAACCGGGACGUUUCUUGUUUAAUAAAAGUAUGGAAAAAG